GACUUCUGUGGGUGGUGGAUCGAUUGAAAUUGAUCUUCUGCUCUCGAGCGAACGAGAGCGCAAUAAGCGGAUCUUGUCGUUCAAUUCGUAGAGCGGUGAUACCGUUGUGGUAGGCAUCGAGGGAAAACUCAGGUGAUUUUUUGUCGACCGGUAGAGGUUUGAGGCGGUACCGGUCGAUCACAAGUUGUGUUGAGUUAGCAGCACUUGUGAAGGUUCGCGUUUGCGCGAACCCCGACGGUGAAACGUGACGCAGAAUUGUACGCUGGCGGCGGCUGGGCCGCAGAAGAAAGUUCGCGCUCUGCGGGCUUUUGGGGAUUACCCGCGAAGCGCAGUCAGGGUGCCGCGGAAGCUCUCCUUGUGGCGAUUACGAGAAGGAUAGAAGAGAUACAUACGCGGCACCUCAUUACGACACUCUCCCGGACAAAUUAAUUCUCCCUAUACCGUUAUGGAGACUCUCGAAUCUAGUCGCGUCUGCCGCCUUUGCGGUAAGCAAUCCGGUAUCUCAAUUAAUAUUUUUGACAAGAAUGAGAAUCACGUGAAGAAAAUCAACGCUAUUCUCCCGGUCAUGGUACACGAAAUGGAUCUGUUGCCGAAACACAUGUGUCAUCGAUGCAGUUACAAGCUGGAGGAGUUUCACAAGUUCUACGUGGAUUGUCUAAAAACAGAUGCGGACUUGAAAAGUCAGUUGUCCUGGAUGCGAAAGGAGGACUCGAAGGAGAGAGUCGGCGUGCCAAUGGUGCACAUAGAGAAUAUCAAGAUCAAAGUAGAGCCGCCGGAUUGUGACAUAUAUGACAUAAAUCCAAUGGUCAGUGAUGUCGACUACAUAAAUUCCAUGAAUUCGGUAGCUUUCCCGGUAAAUGGUGUUCAAUCCAAUAAUAUUUCCGACCGUAUAACAUACACUGCGUAUGCACGUUGCGGUUGUUACUGUGAUAAAGCGGACCAAAGUAAUCAAACUAUACCUACGAAUUAUGAGAACAAUAUAUCAAGAUGCAGUAGGAUAAACGACGUCAGACCGGGUAAUAAUGAUUGCGUCAAUAAAUCGCAGACCGUGAAGGGCGAUUUAUUAACGAAUAACACACUCGAGCAACAAUCAAAUUUAGUGCGGCUUGUCAACGAAGUUAAAGAUUCGAGGAGGAUUAGACAGACUUCUUCGGGUUUGAGUUUAGCGAAAAGUAAACCUACCAAGGCAAACAAAAAGGCCGCAAGAGGUACGAUCGUUCGAAAUUUGAGACCUAGGAAGGGUUCUGUGGAUUAUGUUGGAGUUAGAAAAAAGCUUCCCGCAUUUUUACCAUCUAGGAAUGAAAAUAAGUCAAAAACUGUGGAGACAAAAAUGUCAGUUUCGACGGGAUUCGAUGUGACGCAAAUCAAAAUGGAGAAACUCGAUAAUUUUGAGGGGCGUAUCUUAAGACCUAGGAAAGGGACCAUCGACUAUAUAGGACCAAAACGAAAAUAUUCACGUUCCAAUAAGAACCAAAGAUUGCAAAACGACGAACAUCAAGUAGAUAAAACAAAGGUUCGGAAUAUUGCGAAUAAAUUGAAACUACCGAUCGAAAUGGUUAAAACAAUUCCAAAACAGUUAAAAAAUAGUAUACAAUUAGGCAUAAAAGAGGAACAACUCUCGGAUCUCGAGGAUUUGGUAUUGGACGAGUCGGUAUCAGCUGCCAUGCUGUCGUUGACCGAUCAAAUUGAUGCACUGCCCAAUGAUUAUGACGUGAACGUACAAAAUGGUAGAGAUAAUCAUAAUACGUUAAAUCAUGCACUGCAUACCGGUAACUUUAGCAUAGCAAAAUGGAAACCUUUGCGAAAUGUGUCUAAAAGUAAAUUGAAAUCUGGAAAAAUUGGUUUGAAUCGGAUCAGCGGAAUGAACUACUCGCCAAAAUAUUUAAGAAGUCAAGACGCUUGUCUCAGAAGCGGUAAGAUAAGAAAACUUGAUAAUGUGAAUGUAUCGGUUAGAAAAUUACGAAGAAGCCUUCGAAAUCUUAUAGAUAGAAGUAAAACAACCAGUAAAGCUCUGAUGAAGACAAUCAGAGGCACUGUUACGGCCAAGAUGUCCACUUCGGUGAAAAUGAUUGAUAUCAAGCAUUAUUGCGAGGAAUGUAACACAAGUUUCGCUAACAAAGAAUUGUUCAAAUUGCACGCGUGCUAUGGACAUUGA